UCGCGUCCUCUUCCGCAUCGGCCCAAUCCACCCGCGGCGGCGAUCUCUCUCUACCCCGAUCUCCUCUCGCCGUCGGCGUCGCCCGGGUCGCCGCCGCCCUCCGCCGCGCAGUCCGCAGCUAGUAGGUGGGGGGGUUAGCCUUAGCGUGAGAGGCCUUUGCCGCCGGCUGCGAUGGCGGAGGAGCUGGUGCUGGACACGGCGAUCCGGGACUGGGUCCUCGUCCCGCUCUCCGUGGUGAUGGUGCUCAUCGGCGUGCUCCGCUACUUCGUCGCCAAGCUGAUGCGCUCCCCGUCGGCGUCGCCCUCCCCCGACCCCAAGCUCGUCAAGGAGGGGCAAGUGGUAAUUAGGGCGAGGAACCUGAGGAUCAAUUCGCAGUACAUCCCGGCCAAGGCCUUCAAAUCACGCAAGGUUUAUUACACUAACGAGGAAAACGGAUUGCUUCAUGUCCCGAAAGAGGAAGCACAGAAAGCUCAGGCUGCCAUGUUUUCAGAUCCAAACAUGGCCAUGGACAUGAUGAAGAAGAACCUCUCUAUGAUAGUUCCUCAGACACUUACAUUUGCAUGGGUGAACUUCUUCUUUUCGGGUUUUGUUGCAGCUAAGAUUCCCUUUCCAUUGACUCCGCGAUUCAGGGGAAUGCUGCAAAACGGGAUAGACCUGAGUACUGUUGAUGUGAGCUAUGUUAGCAGCCGUUCAUGGUACUUUCUCAAUUUGUUUGGUUUGAGGGGUCUCUUCAGUCUGAUCCUCGGUGAAGAAAAUGCUAAUGAUGAUGCACAAAAGAUGAUGCAGAUGGGUGGGGGAUUUGGCGGUAAUCCCACAAUGGGUUUGGCCGCAGAGAAAGACAACCUGGAUAUAAUCCAGCAUGACUGGGCUUUACCAAAGAUGGAGCAUCAUGCUGAGGAAGUGCUGAGGAAGCUUCUGAAGAAAUGAUAGGAAACUAGGCUGCUCCAAUGCAUUACUACAUCUUGCAAAAUUUUUGUUUUAACCUGUUUAUUGACCAGACAGUUAAAACUUUGUAUCUGUAUAACUUAUGGCCAAGAAUUUCCUUCAGAAAGUUUAUGUAUCAUUUUUCUGUUAUACGGACCACAGCCAGGCUCAAUGCAGAAUGAACAAAAAUCUUUUUUCUUGGCAAA